AUGCAGCGUCUAAAACACAACAUUCCCGUUUUCACCGGAAAGCCGGGGAUCGAAAGUGCUACUUGGGUACCCCGACCUCCCACGUGUUGUUCAAUACGUUGUGGAGUUACAGUCAAAGCCGUAUGCCCGGUUAGCCACUUAGUUGUCCAAACAUGUAGGAUCUUCACAGAAGAAGCGAACGGGCCGCCGCCCUGGAUCGGAUUUGAUGUUGUCUCAUUAGAACACAACAUGAGGAACUGA